AUGCCUGACCCCAAUUCUAUAUACGAUGCUCUCUAUAAGCGUUCAUGGUGUAUUCAGAAUUUGCGACCACAGUCUCGACAAGACCAAUUAUCUACUAGUGUGUUCACCUUCGGUGGUCUGCAAUUGACAAACGAACAACAAACGCCGGGGUAUAAUAUAGACGGUUCCAAUCUGGCCGUGCGUGAACAACUAGUUACUGGUUCUAUUCAACAACAGAACGACUCUCUGAUUACGCAUCGGCAACCACGUCAACAACAGUGGCUCUCGCAACACCCGCAUUCGAGACAGC